AAAGCAUCCCCCCAAGCAGGCAUCCAGAACUCUCCAGCCAGUCUUCCUCCUCCUCCUCCAUUGAUAAAACCCCAAUUUAGGCCUCGCGCAAUCUCCAAAACCUCGCAUAAACCCCUCCACAAAACCAAGCAGUUUCUCAAUUUCUUUGCCAAGAACGAAAAAACCCAGGAAGAAAGGAUGUUCUUCUUCUUCGUGGGAGGGCUGGAGCAGCAGGCGAGGCGGGUGCUGAAAUCGGGCGCGGGGCGGUGCAUAGCGUGCGGGUCGAGGGCCGAUCUCGUCGACUACGACAAGGUGCUGAAGGUCUUCUUCGUCCCCGUCUGGCGCUGGCCGGGGAAGGCCCCCCUCAUGCACUGCGGCAACUGCAACCUCUUCUUCCCCCCCUCCGCGUCCCUCCCUCUCCCGCCGCCGAGGAUGAAGGCGGAGCCCCACGUCUUGCGGUGCGGCUCCUGCGAUCGGGCCGUCGAUCCCGAGUUCAGCUUCUGCCCCUUCUGCGGCGCGGCUCUGUGAUCCGUCUUUUUCUUAGCCCACGUUUCAGUUCUCAGGAUGGCGCGAGUAUACAUGUAUAUCUUGGUUAGCAGUUUCAGUUUCUUUAUUUUCUUUCUUUUUUUUGGUGGAGUUUAGAGAUGCUGUUUGACCAGGUCGCUCAGUUCACAUAUUUUAGUGGACAAAGAAAUUCAUUCGAGCAAUUUAAGGAUCCACGCCUCUUCAUAUUC